AUGUCGCAAUCACUAGCAGAGAUAUUCAUGGAGCUGGGCCUCUCCCAGUACCUGGAUGCUUUUGUCGAUCAGGGCUUCGACACUUGGGAUACUAUUCUGGAUAUCACAGAAUCCGACCUUGAUGCCUUGAAUGUCAAGCUCGGCCACAGAAGGAAGCUUCAACGGCGCAUAGCAAACUCUCGAGGAUUUGCGCCAGACGCUGCGCUCGCCUCUCCCACUGGCACUUCGAGCCAGCGCAACAGCAGUAUGGAAGACGCACAUAGGACCGAUAUUCAGAGGACAGAUGCUCCAAAACCCGAGACGUCCAUUGCCACUGUUGUCACCAAGCGCAAGUACAGGCGCCACCCCAAGCCUGACGAGAACGCACCAGAGCGCCCACCUUCGGCUUAUGUUUUGUUCUCAAAUAAAACGAGAGACGACCUCAAAGACCGCAACCUGACGUUUACCGAGAUCGCCAAAUUGGUUGGCGAGAACUGGCAAGCUUUGACCCCGGCAGAGAAGGAGCCGUAUGAGACACAAGCUCAGACGGCAAAGGAGAAGUAUAAUGUGGACCUGGCCGAGUACAAGCAGACGACCAAGUACAAGGAGUACCUCGCGUAUCUUCAAGACUUCAAGGCUAAGCACGCCACCCCAUCCUCCACAGACGGCAAGGACUGUCAGAAGCGCAUAAAGCUCUCUGAUGCAAGCAUCCCUUUGGGAGCGCAGCGCAGAGCGCGUAGCCACACCUCGACCGGUUUGGGGAGCGCAAGUCGGAGCGCAAGCAGGAACGGCAGCCGAAGCAACAGUCGCAGCGAUGGGCGCAAGGGCAGCGAGCCACCUCCAACCCAGCGGGAGCACCGCGUCAACUCGGUGUCGAGCAUUGCCGGAGAUUAUACCACCACCUCGUCUAAUAACAGCUAUAUUGAGAGAUCGUCGGUCGAGCGUUCACCAUCGCUGAGCGCCAGCCCACGUGACCCUCCCCUGAACGCAGCUCCCGUUCCUGCGUGGCUCGACGGACACAGUGGCCACCAGCACCAACAGCAUCAACAUGGGCGUCAUACUCUACCUUCACUAUCCAACAUACUCGAGGGCCAGGUGGUUGAGCCGUGCGAAUCCCGCGGUAGCGGGGGUGCCGGCUACACACCCUUUUCCUUUCAGCAUGCUGCCAACAUUGGUCCUCCCGGGUCUCCGCCAGGGCUCAUUGGCGGCGAUUCCUCCUACCCAUUACCGAUGAGGAAAGAGCUGUCCUCCGGCGCUAGCACCACAUCGGCUUCAUCGGUUGGCGGUUAUCCCCACACACCGGUUGAAGGUUCACUGCCGAUACAUCUGCUGCUUGUCUCUGGAAACGGGAAGCACGACCAGGAUCGCCAACGACUCAAGCGUUCCCUGUCGCCAGAGGGCCGUCCAAGCCUCCCGAAUCUUUUGCCAGAGCGUCAUCCAUCUAGCGACCCACCUUCGACGCUGUCCAUCUCGCCCCCGCUAAGCAGUGCACAAGGUUACUUUCCUCCAAUGUCAGCUCCACCCACCAUGAGCAGCCAUGCACCAAGCAGAGGGCCGACUUUGCCUGGCCUCGCAAAGUUUGACGGCAUGUCAGCUUUGUUGCAAGCAGGAGAGAUUGUAGGGAGGCAGGUCAGGUAA